AUGGAUUAUGACAAUUACGAUGCUGUUCUUCAUUUUCUCUGGGCCCGUACUCAACGCGGCGCUUGGUUUAAACCUAGUGCUGAAAACGUUUCCGCUGGGAUAUGUUUACGUCUGGAGCCUGGUCAAUUCCGAGUCUUUCCAUACCAGAAUCGCUUCUUGAUUCCCUUCGAAACGGCUGUUCGCAUCCUCAAUCCCUUGGUGGCAGUCAAAAUACGUAGUGCAUCUGUCCAUGCUGCACUAUCCACGGUACAUGACGACUGCGACGCUCUGUAUCUGGACGCCCGUACGCGCAUACAGAUACUACCAUCCAUGAGUCAACUACCCGAGGCGGAUAAGGAACAAUGCGGGGCUUUCCUGCGAGACGAACGUGUUCUGAUAGUUUGGUCGGAUAGUUUGGAUAACAUCGUCGAACUUUGCACAGAGUUCGACGAAAAACUCAUCAAGCUUGUUUGGCGUGCUCGUAAUGUUACUCCGUCCAUCAGUGGUUUGACUUCAGCUGCUGCGUCAAUCGCUUUGUCAUCAUCCCCGUCGGAUUUACAUCUCACCGAGAAGCCUAAAGCCAGUUCUGAAGAAGCUGUUGCCGUUCCUCCGGUUGUAACGGCGGAGAAGUCAACGAAGAAGUCACGAUGGAACUGGAAUUGGAGGCUCCAGAAGAAGAAGCGAGAUGUUCAUACUGACGUAGAGAAGGGAUCGAAGCAAGCUCGUCCCAUCCGUCUUUUUGCUCCGUUUUACGAUGGUUUUGGAGCAGCGUUGUCGUUGUACUUCAUCGGUUCUGGUCUUUCGACUCUUCUUCAGGAAUGGCGCCUCGACCGCGGUUACGAAAGGUUCGCAUUGCUCGCCGCUAGUCCUUUGCUCUGCUGUGUUUCGUUGUUCUUCGCCCUCCAGAUAGUGACAAAUGUCUCGUUUGUCAUUGGUCCUGUGGCUCAAUAUCACGAAAACUCUUUCUACUACUCCGCGAUUCCGCCUGAACCCAACUCAGAUGUCGACUCACAUCUCCCUCAUGUGACCAUAGAACUUCCUGUUUACAAAGAGAGUUUGGAAGAGACUAUCACGCCUUCGGUUCUUUCGCUCAAGAAGGCUAUGCAGACAUACGCCCGUCAAGGAGGAACAUCGGCCAUCUUUGUUCACGAUGAUGGACUCCAGCUUAUCAGUUCAGAAGAGCGAGAGAAGCGAAUCCAGUUCUAUUCCGACCAUAACAUUGGUUGGGUUGCUCGACCUCCUCAUUCUAACGACCCGGACGGUUAUCAACGAGCUGGCCGGUUCAAGAAAGCCUCCAACAUGAAUUAUGGCUUGGCGCUCUCGCUCAAGAUGGAACAGAAGAUUUUGGACCUCGAAGCGCAAGAAAAAACGGGUCAACUGCAGCUUGGCGGACUUUCUCUGGAAAAUAAGGCGCUUCAACUAGCAAUUGAUGAAGUUUACGAGGAAAAUGGAAAGAAAUGGAAACCUUGGGCCUGUAAUGGGAAAUCACUUCGUAUGGGCGACGUUAUUCUGAUUGUAGAUUCCGAUACUAUCGUUCCCGAGGAUUGUUUCAGAGACGCGGCACGAGAACUUGUAGAGUGUCCAGAAGUUGCUAUCAUUCAACAUGAAUCAGAUGUCAUGCAAGUUGCCCAUCACUUCUUUGAGAAUGGUAUUGCACACUUUACGCGCCGUAUCAAUAAGUGUAUCUCGAUGGGCUGUGCAAACGGCGAAGUCGCGCCGUUCGUCGGUCAUAACGCGUUCCUUCGGUGGUCAGCUAUUCAAGAUGCGGCCUUCGUUGACCCUGACGACGGUGUCAAGAAGAUUUGGUCUGAAUCCAAUGUUUCGGAGGACUUUGACAUGGCGUUACGUCUCCAGUUGAAAGGUUACAUCAUUCGAUGGGCAACGUAUUCGGAAGGAGGUUUCAAGGAAGGUGUAUCGUUAACGGUAGAUGAUGAAUUGAACAGAUGGCAAAAAUACUCCUAUGGAUGCAACGAACUGCUGUUCAACCCCCUCGUUCGGUGGUGGAAAAUGGGCCCUAUCACGAAACAGCUCCGAACUUUUAUUUGGUCAGAUGCACCUGUUCACUACAAGAUUACCAUGAUGGCAUACAUGUUCUCGUACUACGGUCUCGCUGCUUCGGCCCUCCUCUCACUCCUGAAUUACCUCGUCCUCGGAUGGGCGCUAGAGGUGGACGGUUUUUACCUGAAAAGUUUCGAAAUCUGGCUAGCUUGCACUGUCGUUUUCCCCGGUGCGGGAAAUAUUGGCUUUACCAUUCUAGAAUACCGACUUGGCCAACGGAAUAUCGUUUCUUCCUUUGUCGAAAACAUGAUGUGGAUCCCGUUCUUCUUCUUCUUCUUUGGUGGAUUGAGUAUACACCUGUCUGCCGCUAUCCUUGCCCAUUUGUUUUCGUACAAUAUUAAAUGGGAAGCUACGAAGAAAGAAGUUGAACGAUCCAAUUUCUUCAUUGAGGUGCCUCGUAUCUGGAAGAGGUAUUGGCACAUCAUCAUUAUGGGAAUACUUUCCAUAGCCACAAUAAUCGUCCUGUCUUUACCAUUUGUACCCGAUGGGUGGCGGAUACCCUCCUCUUCUUGGGCUGUGAUUGUACCCUUCGCUCUCGUCACGGGCGGACAUAUGCUCUUCCCAGUUGUCCUGAACCCUUGGUUGAUGAUCUUCUCGUAUUGA